GGAGAAGCAGGCUUCCCACUGAGAGGGAGCCCUACUUGGGGCUCUAUCGCAGGGAUCAGGACCAAGCCUAUGGCAGAUGCCCAACUACUAAGCCACCCAGGCACCCCCCAGAGUAUAUUCUGAAUCUGUACACGUUUUACCUGUUUGCAUUACUAUUGCUACAUCUUAGUGGCUAGGACUUCAUCAAAGCCAAUGUCAUUUUUGCCUGGAAUACUACAGAAGCUGCUUAACUUGAUUUCCAUUCUAGCCCUCUUAAAAUCCGUUCUCCAGAUAGCUUAUCAGGUUGCUUAAAAACAUAAAUCAGUUCAUGUCAUUUCCCUGUUUAAAAUAUUUGGUCAUUUUUCACUGUACCUGGAGUGAAAUACUGGUCCUUUGCUGUGACCUAAAAAGCCCUAACACGAUCUGGUCUCUCCCUCCCUAACCAUGUCCUCAUUUUUGUAUCUUGGUUCCCAGUACCUACUGUAUUCUGACCACACCUCUCAGACCCAUCUUUGGACCCCUGAACUAUGUCUUUUACAAGCAUUCUUCUUUGUGGCUGACUUUUCUCACUCAGAGAAGCCUUCCCUAACUCCACCCAGUAGAACUUAUAGAAAUGUUAGCAAUUUCAAGAAACCAAAAGUUGUUGCCACCUGAUGAGGAAAACCAGGUCCUGGAGUUGUUAAUUCACAGAGAUGGGGAAUUUCAAGAACUGAUGAAAUUGGCACUCAAUCAGGGAAAAAUCCAUCAUGAAAUGCAAGUUUUAGAAAAGGAAGUGGAGAAGAGAGACAGUGAUAUUCAGCAACUACAAAAACAGCUCAAGGAAGCAGAACAAAUACUGGCAACAGCUGUUUACCAAGCAAAAGAAAAACUCAAAUCAAUAGAAAAAGCAAGAAAAGGUGCCAUCUCCUCUGAAGAAAUAAUUAAGUAUGCACAUAGGAUUAGUGCAAGUAAUGCUGUAUGUGCCCCACUGACCUGGGUUCCAGGGGACCCACGGAGGCCAUACCCAACUGAUUUGGAGAUGAGAAGUGGAUUAUUGGGUCAAAUGAACAAUCCUUCCACUAAUGGUGUAAAUGGUCAUUUACCAGGGGAUGCACUUGCAGCAGGCAGAUUGCCAGAUGUCCUUGCUCCACAAUAUCCAUGGCAGUCAAAUGACAUGUCAAUGAAUAUGUUACCACCAAAUCACAGUAAUGACUUUUUGUUGGAACCUCCGGGGCAUAAUAAAGAAAAUGAAGAUGAUGUAGAAGUUAUGUCAACAGACUCCUCUAGCAGCAGUAGUGACUCUGAUUAAACACACAAAAGACAAAAUUCAUACAGAAUUGAAUACUAUGGGGGCACUUGGGUGACUUGGUUCAGCGUCGGACUCUUGAUUUUGGCUCAGGUCACUA